GUCGCUGAGCUUCUUCUUCUUCUUCUUCUUCUUCGAGCUUCUCAUAAACCCUAAAUCCAAACCCUAAUUCUCUGAUCACCAUUGCUUUUAAUGAAAUUGGGGGUUUCGUUGCACUCGCAGCUACAGAAAGAGAACAAUGGGACAGGCAUUUCGUCGAGCAUCUGGGAGAAUCCGAGCUUCCUCGAGCGCCGACCUGACGCCGUCUUCGUCGGCGGCCAAGAACGCCGCCGAUCGGUGCCCUCCGGUGGGACCCACCGGCGGAGAAGAGACCUCCAAGGCCGGCGAGCUCAGCGGUCGUGCUCUUGAUUCUGAUGGUGCUGUGGGAAAGAAUCCUGACAAUGUUCUUGAAGAAAGAGAUCCACAAUUCGACGCGAUGCUUAGUCAGAUGGCGGGUAGGAUUAGAACAAAGCCUGGCGGAAAACCGGAAAUGGGCGAGGCAUUUGUGGUGGAGAAUUAUAAGAGAUCCCUGCCGAAACUCCGAAAUACAAAGCCAGAUUCAAGCAGGUUUGAAGAAAGGCCUACUCCUGCUGGAACUCUGAAUGUCACGCAGCUUCGCCACGUCGUUCUUCUGCAUGAAGGUAAGGCUGACGAUCACGACGGGCCCAUGGAUGUCCAUCAAAUCGCAGAAAAAUACCGAAUUGAUGUUGCAGAGGUUCAAAGGAUCUUGCAGUUUAUAUCGCUGCCUCCCGAGGACAAGAAGAAAGAUGAAAACAGUUUUUGAAUACCGGCUGCUUUGACCUACUCAUCUGCUCUACUAACAGAUUUUCUUCUGAAUAAUGAUGGCUGAUGUAAGGCUUUGAGAAUUUUUGUUUUCAAAAUUUGUUUGAGAUUUUCUUCAUACAGAAAAGUACCAGAGAAUGGAUAUUUGCCAUCUCCUUUGUUAAAAACUUGUAGAAAAUUUUGUUAAAGAGUGAAAUUAGUCGUUGAUGCUUUUAA